UUACGGACGAGACUGAGAACCUGCGAUAAUCAUAAGUACUGAUACCUGAUGGGAGGCCGACGUUGAAUGUCCGAGUUUGGACAUUAACGAUUUGAUGACAUUCACUUCGCGUUGGGAACUAUGUGAAAACAGGACGAGUCGUCCAGUCAUGACUGUUUAGAAAUCAAUGGCAAGCAACUUUAAACUGUUCUUAUAACGCGUACUAUGGCUGCUCGACCAAGCUUGUACAAUGAAGAAAGGAACCAGCAGCGGAUCAGGGAGCGAGAGCGCCGGAAUCAGGAGGUGCAGUCAGAGAAGGAGCUUUACCCAGAGAACACACCUCUCUUUGGGGAGCCCUACAAGACCAACAAAGGAGAUGAGCUGUCCAGCCGCAUUCAAAGGAUGCUUGGUAAUUACGAAGACGUGAGGGAACUUGUGGGGAGCGAGUUUCAACUGAAUGUAUUCAAUCCAUCAAAAGGCCUUCAGACCCCCGCUUUGUGCAACCCUUCCGGCAGCAUGGGCAAAACACAACCUCCCCCAAACCCUCAAUGUAGGGUGUCCCAAGCUGAGACACCAAGCAGAAGCGCUUCCAAGCCUCAUAAGACACUUUCAGCCCUAGAGUACAGCCAACUUACUUCCAGCUGUAGUUCAUUGUCCCAGGUUCCUAGGCAAAGCAGCCCUGACCCCUUUCUCAGUGGGGGGUGGUUGGGGCUCCAAGAAUGUGCCACCCUCCCAGCUGCGCUGCCCGCCCUGUCCCCUCCAGCAGAACCCUUGUCCCCUUUGCAUUCCAGUGGUACAAGUGAUUCUGAGUCACAGGAUCCCGAUGAAAAGGACUCGCCACCUGCCAACCCUGUGACUGUGAGACAGUGCAGGUAUGCCAGCUGUAAGGAAGAGUCCAACCUCGAGACGCAAAAGGACAUUCCUUCUCAGCUCAAUGAGGCAGCAUCACUUCCAACCCAAACCUUCCCUCCACCCUUACCCUCCAAGCCCAAUCUUGUCAUGCCUCAGAAGCCGACGGCCUACGUCAGACCCAUGGAUGGACAGGAUCAAGUGCCCUUUGAGUCUCCAGAUCUCAAGCAUUCUCCAGAGGGCUUUCACAGACAGUCUUAUGACAACUUGCCCGACUUAAAGACCAACACGAAAGCUGGCUUCCCAAAGUUGAAAAUUUCUCCACAUUCAGAAGAGACCACAAGUGAUGUACACUGUGUUGAAGAUAUCCUUAGGGAAAUGACCCACACGUGGCCUCCACCACUUACUGCUAUUCACACGCCGAAUAUGCCUGAACCUCCCAAAUUCCCUCUGCCCAAGGAAUCACAAAUUGUCAACUGUGGGAUUUCAGGACAAAAAGAUCAGUAUGAAUCUGCGAAAGUCCUCUGUCAUCAGGGAUCUUUGGGCACCAAGGGCAGUGUGCUGUUGACACAUUCCAGUGGUGGUGAAUCCUCCAAUUCCACUGAUUCUGAAAGCACUUCAGGAUCUGAGUCAGACAGUGACAGCAGCGAGAGCGACAAAGAGGAACUUCCCCAUCUGAAGCGCAACACCCCAUCUGUAUCCAAGGAUGAUUCAUCUGUUGCAAAUAAGUGGCAGCUGGACAACUGGUUGGUCAAAGUCAACCAGCAAAAUUCAGCCGCAGAGAGCCUGGCUGGUCAAUCGCAGCGCUUCAGCCCGGUGAUCAGUAAGCAGCAAGAGGAAGAUAAUUACCAGAAUGACUGCAUUUCCCAGGCUACUACUGUGCAUUCUGAGUACAUGAAAAAUGAUGGCAAGGUGGUGCAGGAGACCUUGGCCUGUGAGCCUAGUCCCCAAAAAUCUUCUGUACAAGCUGAAAAUCAGCGAAAGACUGUGGGGACUAAGCGUCCAUCGAAGGCAAACAAGGCCCCAUGUUCUGAGGUCGUCCAUGCACAGCUGAGGGCGGAAGUACCUCGGCGUGACAAGAGCAAGGCUCACACAGAUGGACGAAAGAUCAAAAAGAAGAGCAUACCCGAGAAGUCUCAACCUACAACAGAUGGCAAGAAGGCCGAUAAACACAGCUCGAAAAAAAAGGUGAAACAGUCCAUUCCAAAGGCAAUUUUAAAACCGGAAGGAAAGAUGGAGGUGAAGGCAGACAGACCGCCAAGCCUAGAGCAAACUCUACCGGUGCGUUCAAACGGGCCCAGCUUGGGGAAAGUUCAGAAGGACCGAAAGAAAUCCGAGAGCCGUCACCCUCUAGGAGAGGGCGAGCAGGCGCUUCUGCGAAGGGACUCACAGGAUUCCCUUUGUUCUCUGAUAGUGAAGAUUGAGCUCAGUCUGCUCUCUAGGCUCCCCCGACCAGGGACCUAUCCUGUCCCUAAUUCCCCCAGUGAGCCAGCCAAUACUCCUGUGCCCAAAAAGAAAAAGCAGAAGACAAAGAAGAGAGAAGCUGAUGGGAUUCCUUGCAAAGAAUCCAAAAAGAGACCAGCAGAAAAGCAUGAAGAAGUCAUACCAAGAAAGAAACAUAAACUUGAUGAAGUCGUCAAGCUGCUUUCCUCAGGUCAUGCCUCGAAUUCAGCCAAAGUUCCCAAGAGCGCGGAGCAGGAGAAGAAGAAGAAAGUGAAAAAAGGGAAGCCGUCCCUAGUAGAGGCUGCUCCUCAAGACCUGAAAGAAGAGCCAAAGGGCAAGCGGGGAAGUGGUGGCCUGGGCAACGCAGGUGUGCCCCAGGAGAGCAGCCAGCCCCCGGCCAAGCACAAGAAGAAGAAGGAGAAGAACGUAGAUGCAGAGCAGAACAAGCACAGCAAGAAAGUCACAGAGAACAGCUUGAGUUGUCCAGUGACGGCCCAGCCAACAAGAACGCCUCCCCCACGUCGGCCCCUACUGAAGUUUCAGGACAGGCAGUACCCUGUCGAGUAUCACAUGAAGGAAGCGAAGAAACUAAAGCACAAAGCGGACGCUACGAUGGACAAGGUUGGAAAGGCUUUCAACUAUUUGGAUGCGGCCAUGUCCUUUGUUGAAAGUGCAAUUGCCAUGGAAACGGACCCCCAGACCCCGAAGUCUGCAUAUACCAUGUUCUCAGAGACUGUGGACUUGAUCAGAUUUAUACUAAAGCUGAGGAGCUGUCUAGAUCCAGCUGGCCCUGCCUCAGAGAGAGACUUUACAGUUUUAUGUUUGCGAUGUCAGUCGCUUCUGCAGAUGGCGAUGUUUCGGCACAAGCGGGACACGGCACUCAAAUAUUCAAGAACUCUUACAGAACAUUUUAAGGGUUCUUCAAAAUUUGCAAAAGCCCCCUCGCCCUGUGUCUCCAAAAGUAUGGGCACCCCUUCAAUGUCACCAACCCCAUCUCCAGGCAGUUCAGGGAAUUUCAGUUCUCCUGGCUCUAUUGCCAUUCCCCCGGUCGUCCAGCAGGUGGCAGCAUCCUAUGUUAACAUCACAGCCCACUUUCUCAAUGCCCAUGACACCUGGGAGCAGGCUGAGGCCCUGGCAAAGAGAGGCAGUGGCUUGCUGGAGGACCUGGAUGCUGCCCUGGGUCCGCUGACCCUGACCUCCAGCAUGAGCCUGCUGGUGCAUCACACCCGGCAGGGUCUGCACUGGCUCAGGCUCAGUACCAGCUAAUACAUCAGCCUCUCUCGCCACCCCCAGCUUACCACUUAAAGUAGUGAGUUCCAUCUGGACCACUUCAGGAACACAGUAAUUCUGAUACUUGUGCCGCCCCCCCCCCCCCCCCCCCCCCCCCCCCGCCCCCCAGCAUUUUUUCGCUAUAAUCUCCCUGCACGAUGAAUGUUGUGUUGGGACCCUCUGUAACUACCAAAGAGCCUCAUUUGAAGUCUUAAGCAAAUCUCUGCUCUUGAAAUCACACCUGUUAUUGAAAAACAACCACGGGUGAUAAAUGUACGUGGUCUUCAGCUAAGUCCAGUUCUUUAGAUAUACUUCUGUUAUUAGAGGGAUAAAUGUAGGAGCUGGAGGUUCUUGGAUAUCCCACCCCCCCCUCCUAAAAAAACAGGAUAAACAUACCCAAUGCAGAAGCUACUUAGAUAUGCUGUCUUGUAGCGUAUGCCGAAGUGGGGAACGCUGGUUGCGAUAAGGGGUGGGAGGCUUUCUUCCCCACAUUCAAGCUUUUUUGGGUGCCAAUAUUUUCCUGCGUUAUUGCCAGGCUCUGAGGAUUUAUUUGGUGUUUAUUUAUUCUUGUUUAUUAUAAUCGCUAUUAAUAUAUUUUUUCAUGAGAUGAUCGAUUUUUGAUAAACUGGAGAUUAUAUUAAAAUGCUUAAACCCAGCAAAACCGUUCUUGAAUUUUGCCCUCCAUUCAGGUGGUUUUUAGUAAUGAAUGUAUGACGAAAUGGGGGGGGGGGAUGUGGAAUAUGCUACCAUUAAAUCCAAAAGAAUUAUGAAUCUGGAAAUUAUGUAUCAUUAAUUGGAUAAAAGUCCGAUAAUCAAAGAGAAGUCAAGGUAAAGACUUUUGUUAUGGUAUUUUUAAUUGCUGUGUUUAAUUUAUGCCAAACCAGAUUAUGGAGAAUUUAUCCAAUGGAAUAAUGGAGUGUUUUGAUUUUCCUUGAGACAGAGUGAUCAGGAAAAGCUAAGUCCAUGGAGUUGUCAGCAUUUAUAUUAUAGAUACGGAGGUAGUCGGAUGUGGUGAGUGUGUACCUUGCUCAUCCACUUGGGAAAGAUGUUUUUUUUUUUUUUUUUAUCAAGUGAUUGAUCAAAAAGUGAACUGCAAUAAAGUAGAAAUUGCACACCAUUCGUUCGAGUGACCAUGAAGUCCUUGUCUUGACGUAAAUAUUCCUACCUCAGUGAUAAUAGAAUGCCAGAUAUUAGAUAUAAAUGGGAGUGAUUUGUAUGUGAUGCCAACUUCUGAUGGUAGGAUAGUGACACUUGGUUCUUGAUUGUUUAGGAACCGUAGUUUUAUCACAGAUGUCUUGCUGUUUUUCCUUUUUCUUUUUGGUAGUGAACAUUUAUUUAGGUAAAUGAAUGAGUGCCUUGGGUUAAAAUCUGGAUGGACUGUAUAUAUCAAUGAGCCAGAAUUGCUCCUUUAAAAGAUCUACCCUGUGAAAAGCAUUAGGUAGUGCUUGAAAACUAGAAGUCUAAGGGAUGUUUUGGAAAGUUUCAGCCAGACUGCAUGUUUAGUUAUGAUUAUGGAGCUUUUUCGUGGUGUUUUCAUGAUAUUUCCAUGGUGAGCAAGAUAUACUUGUGCCUGCUGUCCUUUUCUAGCUGUAUAUCCUAUGUGCAAGUCCACCAGAUUGUGGAUGCUAUUACUAAGCAUGACAUCUCACAAAAAGCAUUACUGGAACACAGCACUACUAAAAUCAUCGUGGUAGUCCUUUUAUUUAAAGUGAAAUUGCCAAUUGCAUCCUAAAUACAUUUUAGAACAAGUUGUCUGUAUUUGAAAUUUGCUGUGCUGUGUAGCUCUUAACUGAGUGAGACUUCGGAGGUGUUGAUAGUUAAAUGAUGCUGGUUAAUCGUGUUGGCAUAACUGACCACUUUGCUUUCGAGUGUCAUUCCUCUCUCACAGCUGUGUCCGUUUGCACACACUCGCUUUGAUAUGUGGUGAUAUCUGCAUUUUAUUUUGUGCUGAAUUGUUUGUCGAGCAGUUAAGAUGAUUUCAAAGGUCCAAAAUUCUGACCGUUUGCUGAACAUUAACAGGUUUGUUACCAAUUCGUGUUUACGUGCUGUCAAGUGACACGACUUUACUAUUAUAAAGCAUCCAUUGCUGGAAUUCUUAUGCAAUUUGCAGCGGUUUUAUUGCCCCUAGUAUUCAGAGGUGGAGAUUCCAGGUCCAGAAAGUAAAAAUCCAGGCCAAGAUUCUGUUAUAACCAACCAGUUGAGUAUAAAGAGUCAGAGUCACAGUGUACUCAACUGGUUUGUGGAAACAAAAUCUUGGUCUAGAUUUUUACUUUUAGAACCUGAAAUGUCCACCUCUGUGUGUUUUUGUAUAGAAAGCGCCCAUAUUAUCUCAAUUAGUUUCAAUACUAUGUUGAAGUUAACUUUAAUAUUUCAAAGAAGCUUGUACAGAGGAUCCAGCAAGUACGAUUAUUUCUGUUGUUUCUGCGACAUAAUUUAAUGAAGACUGCCUUAUAGUCCUUUUUUAAAUGUAUUUAAUUUUAAUUGUAUCUGAUCAGUUGUGUUGUUUUAAGAAAUAUUGAGCCCUCGAUGGCUUAUUGAAAAUGAUCUUCCCAAGAAAAUACAUUGUUACUUAGCUGCAAUGAUGCGCAGAAGGGGAUUCUGGAUAUCAGUACUUUGGUAUGUAGUAUGGAGGAGGACAGUGGUACUGUGGCAUGCUGGUUGGUCAGUUUUAUUGACUUAUUUCAGAUUUACUAUUUCUUUUAAAUUCUGAACUUGUAGAAUGACAAGGCAGAGUAUUUCCCUGCUUCAUUAGCUGUAUGCAGAAUGGCAACUCGGCAAGUGAAGUAAAUGGCUAAAGAUGUACCCUGUUUGGUACUUGGUAGUAUUCUGUAUUUGUAUUAAAAUAUUUUUUGUACUCUGUUACAUGCUGUUUCAGGGUUUUUGAGGAGGAUAACGUACUAUAUAAAAUGUGAUCUUUAAAAUGCUGUUUUUCAUAUUUCUUCUAUGCAAAUUCCUUUUUAGAUAUUUUGAAAUCAUGUAGUCCUCUGUUUAGUUGUGCAGAAUUGUAGUUUUCUGAACUUUGUGAACAUGUAAAUAGUUUGAACUGGAUUGUAUAAGAAUUUCUAAGGAAAGACUGGUUGACAUUGAGAUUUCUUUUUAGGCUCAGUCACACUCCUCCACAAAUGACUGUGGGCAAAAAUUGGUGACUGAUAAUUUGCCAUGUAAUAUAUACUCAAAGAAGCAAUAAAAUUAAGAUGACAUAUGCCA